AUGGUUCAAUCCGAGUCUGUUGAGAGAGUCAUGGAAAGGUUGUUCACUGCUACAGAAACGGAAAUCAAGCCCACCACUAUAAGAGGAGCUGCUGCUGCUGAUGAGGAAGUAAACUGCAGUUUAGAAUCAAGGACUUCAAAUUGUGAAGAAGUAAUGAAGCUUGGAUGGGAAUUGAGUACAGGAAUUGAUCGGCAGCAUUCCACAUGGAGUGAAAUCACACAAACAUGGGUGUUCUUAUGUCCUACUGUGUCAAAGGGCUGCUGUGAUGCUUUGGACCUUUGUGUUUACUAUAGAGCAUGCGUCAUUAACUAA